AACCUGGUUUUGAUUAUAAAUUCCCAAAGACAACAGUUGGUGCUUGCCUUUGCCACACGAAUUUGACUCUCAUAUAUAGGAGAGGCAGCUAAACCAACCCAACACGAACACAAACCCAAGUCUCACUCAAUAUUUUUGCUUUCUCUCUUCCUCAACUGCAUAACAUGGAUCCCUACAAGUACCGUCCCUCAAGUGCUUACAAUUCACCCUUCUGGACUACAAACUCUGGUGCUCCUGUUUGGAACAACAACUCCUCGUUGACCGUUGGAUCCAGAGGUCCAAUUCUCCUUGAAGACUAUCAUCUGGUGGAAAAACUUGCGCAAUUUGAUAGGGAGCGGAUCCCAGAACGUGUUGUCCAUGCUAGGGGAGCCAGUGCAAAGGGGUUCUUUGAGGUCACCCAUGAUAUAUCUAACCUUACAUGUGCUGAUUUCCUGCGAGCCCCUGGAGUUCAGACACCUGUCAUCGUCCGUUUCUCCACUGUUAUCCACGAGCGUGGUAGCCCUGAAACCCUGAGGGAUCCUCGAGGAUUUGCAGUGAAGUUUUACACCAGAGAGGGUAAUUUUGAUCUAGUUGGGAACAAUUUCCCUGUCUUUUUUGUCCGUGAUGGUAUGAAAUUUCCUGACAUGGUCCAUGCUCUCAAACCCAACCCUAAGUCUCACAUUCAGGAGAAUUGGAGGAUUGUAGACUUCUUCUCCCACCAUCCAGAAAGUCUUCACAUGUUCACCUUCCUAUUUGAUGAUUUGGGUGUUCCACAAGAUUACAGGCACAUGGAAGGUGCAGGUGUUAACACCUAUACAUUGAUCAACAAGGCUGGGAAGGCGCACUAUGUCAAAUUUCACUGGAAACCCACUUGUGGGAUCAAGUGCUUGUUGGAUGAAGAGGCUAUUAAGGUUGGAGGAGCUAAUCACAGCCAUGCCACACAGGAUCUCUACGACUCAAUUGCAGCUGGAAACUAUCCUGAAUGGAAACUUUACAUUCAGACAAUUGAUCCAGAUCAUGAGGACAGAUUUGACUUUGACCCGCUUGAUGUAACCAAAAUCUGGCCGGAAGACAUUUUGCCCCUGCAGCCAGUUGGGCGCUUGGUCUUGAAUAAGAACAUUGAUAACUUCUUUGCAGAAAAUGAACAACUUGCAUUUUGCCCAGCCAUUGUGGUUCCUGGGGUCUACUACUCAGAUGAUAAGCUGCUCCAGACUCGUAUCUUUUCCUAUUCUGAUACUCAGAGGCACCGUCUUGGACCAAACUAUCUGCAACUCCCAGUUAAUGCUCCCAAGUCUGCUCAUCACAACAAUCACCAUGAGGGUUUCAUGAAUUUCAUGCACAGGGAUGAGGAGGUCAAUUACUUCCCUUCGAGGUUUGAUCCUGUUCGUCAUGCUGAGCAGUUUCCAGUUCCUCCUGUUGUCUACACUGGAAAGCGUGAGAAGUGCAUCAUUGAGAAGGAGAACAACUUUAAGCAACCAGGAGAGAGAUACAGAUCCUGGGCACCAGACAGGCAAGAGCGAUUUAUCCGCCGAUGGGUUGAUGCGUUAGCUGAGCCACGUGUCACUCAUGAGAUCCGCAGCAUCUGGAUCUCAUACUGGUCUCAGGCUGACAAAUCUCUGGGUCAGAAGAUAGCAUCUCGUCUUAAUGUGAGGCCAACCAUGUGAAGGGUGUUGCAAGCAAUGUUUUUAAUUGGAGAAAGUAGAGUAAGAAAGAAUACAUGUGAGAGGAUUCUGGUCAUUUGGAAGGAUAAAUCAGUGUUGAUCCUGCAAUUUGUGUAAUAUUAUCAUAUACUAAAACUUGCAUGUUCGACUAUUUAACCUGAUAUUCAAUCUAAUAAAUGCCGGUUGUAUGUGCAUAUUUUAUCUAUGA